AUGCAGUCAGUUGAAUCUACGAUUAGUUCUGCGUUUCUAGAUUGUUAUGAUGUUGCCCUUCAUGACCCUUCUAAGCCAUCAGACCACUUUUCGUCAUAUCCUCGAUUUGUUUUCUCUCCUACUGGUUCCAUAAUCUGUUCUUUUUCCCCCAACCAACUUUAUUGUCGUUUUCCCAAUGACAAGGUCUUUUCGUGGACUCCUUCAGAAUUUAGCCUCUUUUCCACCGUUUUAAAGAAUUGGCCGUCCGAUGCUCCUCGAUCGUGGACCAUUGCUGAUGCCACCUUCUUGCCUUAUUCAUCCCAAAUUCUCCUAUUACUAGCUCCCCCUGAAAGUGGAAAACCGCUUAGAUCGAUCAUUUGUUUUAUCGAUUUAAAUGAUGGAAUCGUUGUGUCAUUUCAAAGGUUUAUUUGCGUUAGAGGCAGAGCUGAGAAGAUUCAUGUUGUUUCUACCGAACCCAGUACUUUGCCUGGUUUUCAAGGAGCUGUGGUCGUCGCCUUAGAACAUGGACAGAUUGCCCUUCUGGAUCUCUGUCUUGGAUGGAACAUUCCAGAUAUAACUUACUUAGAAACUAGUGUUUGUAUUUCGGUUGAACAGUGUUUGGAAUCCCUUGCAGAGGACCAGCCAAUUUCUACAAUGUCUCCAAAAAUGGAACAUGCUCUCGUGAUUCUGAACGCUUCACGGAUUUCGCUUAAUAACUUUUACUACCAAACACCGCGGAAUGAAACAAUAGGAAGAUUCGCCUCUGUUUCUGUAAAUGUCACUCUUCUUAACUACGUCUCACAAAUCAAGGCCCUUGUUGUUGGCUUUAGUUUUGGAGGGUGGCAACUGUGGAGUCUCACCAAGUUAAAGUUACUGUUUACCUUCCGCGAUCUGCCACCCAUGCCUGUUCCCGUAGUUGAAUGCGCCUUCACAGAACCUUCUGACGAUCCCCGUUACUACUGCUAUCUUUGGAUCGGUUGGCAGUCCAUCAUUAACCAUUCUAACUCGAUUUCCGAUUCUACUGGUACAUCUGGCACAGCAAAUCCAAAGGUGGGCCUUUUUCAAUUGGGCUUUCGGGAGCGAACUGAGCGCAUCCAGCCUGAGACGGAAGAUACCCUCUACGAAUAUGACAAUUUCUAUGGUGGAACAAGACGUUUAUCGACAAUACUUACUCCUUUAAAAACCUCACUUUCCCAUGAGCCUCCUCACUGGAAAGCUCAAGGGCCCCUACUCACAUCCAUUCAAUCCCUGGGUGCUAAUUAUACCCCAAAUUUCGGGCUUCGGUCCAACCGUCUUACUGCUCUAGUGUGGCGAGCCGCCCCAAACAUUAUUCGUAUUGGGCUGUUUGAUCUGGAUCGGUGGUAUCAUGCUCAAAUGCCGAGCGGUAUUAGAUCUGAUAACUCCUUCUUCACCGUGUAUGAUGCGUUCUUGGAUCAGCCUCGCGCUUAUCCACUGACUGCUUAUGUUCUUCCGCAUACUAUAUUUGCCUUCUGGGCAAAUGUCUAUCGUAUGGAAUUGAGUGCUUUCAAAAUUUGUGGUGAGGUGUCGGCGGUACAAGGACCACUGCGUGGAUAUCAGGAUCUGCGGAAACCUCUUCUUGAAUGUCAACUUCGUCCUUCGACUCAUGGUUUCAAGGCUUUGGUACCUUUUAUUAUUGAUUAUUCUGUAGCCUUCUCAACCCAGACCUUCAUAUCCCGUCAGGAGUCUGCUCUGCGAGAAAUCUCUUCCGCAAUCUCCAAAGCCCUCACUUCUAACUCCACCACAUUCGAUCCUACUGAAUGGAUUACCGAGGCAGCUGCAUGUGGCCUACUGCAGGAAUUCGAAGACUCCGAUAUCGACAUUCUUCAGGCCUUGAAAGAAGUUGAGGGUUCCGACUGGAUCCUACGUUUAGCAAUAGGCCUCGAAAAUCCACCCCAGGAAUUACUCAAACAGAUUGAAUUAAUAGAUGGUGAAGAAGAAUGGGAAGGUGGCGACUUUGAAAGUUUUAAUCCAUCUCCGCAGAAAGAUCGAAGAAAGCGUAGAAUACUCCCCCUUCGUGAUACUGAUGAUCAUAGAAGAGGAGUGAAAAGACCUCGAAGUGUUGUUGAAAACGAGACAACACGAGGGGUUAAAUACCUUCCACCUGCUUGGGUGAUCAUCGCCAACUGCCUCUUGGAUCAUGGGAUGUAUGAGGAUAUAAAGAAGCUUGAUGUCCUUAUUUCCUCUCAGGAGGAGUUGAAUUUCAAUCCGAAAGUUUUUAUGCGUCGGUGGCUUUGGUUGAAGUGGUUGGGAAAGAAGUAUUGCCUUGAGGAGCUGCUUAUGCCUAUAUUUGAAAGUGAGAAAGAGGUCAAGUCGAAGCUCACUUAUGAGGAUGGCAUCAAGGAGCUGUGUCUAUGCUUCCAGUCUCUUCGAGUAUUAGCCGACAUUGCAAAGGUGGUCAUGUCUCCUUCCUUUAUCAUCGAUGGGGACUUUGAGAAUUCCGAAGCCGUCUCCGCUGAAGCCAAACUUAAGGUCAUUCAAUCCCUAGCAGAGUACACUCGUCCUGUCAGUCUUUUAAUUCGUCUUGGUCUUCUUCCACAAAGUGCACAUUUCAAACCUAGAUCAUCCGCUCUCUCUCCCUAUAACUAUGAGGAAAUUAACGGUCUAAUAGUGAAACUUCAGGGAAUGCAAAAUGCAUCCAUCACUCGGCCACCAUUCAUCACUGACUGUCUGCUUGAUCACCUUAGGAGCAUCUUAAACACCUCGGAUCAAAUUGACACUGCUUCUUUGAAUGCUCUCACCUCUUCAUACCCGCCCAAACACCUUCAAUCGAUAUGUGCUCUCUGGCGAUGCUUCGAUAUGUCUACUGCUUCCUCCGGUCUGCCUACUCAUUUAGCUCUUCUCUGCUUCAUUCUCUUUGAUGCUGUUACAGUUACCGCUCUUCACGAAGACGCUACUCAAGCUAUAGAAGAUAAUGAUGAUGAUGAUGAGAUUAAACAAGAUCCGCCAAUUCACGUAGUUGGUCGGUUGCGUUUAGUGGAAGUAGAUAAGAAUGCAGCCCAUUUCGUGCCAUCUUCUGCUGUCUUAAGGCCUAGUCCUGUUGCACGAGCUGUUAAAUUGCAACAGUAUGUCGUGAAUCAGGUUGGCAAUGAAUUCCCGAACUUUGGAAAAUUCGUGUCUACUGUUCGGACCCUGUGGCUGCUUGAUAGAUUCCGAUUUUCUGAUGUCCUUUGCUCCCGUUUGAGUAUUUUGGCCACGGGUCAGGUGACUGAUCUCGCUCACCUACCCGAGGUUUUUCCCAACCAGUCGCGCCUUGUUGCCGAUUUCUGCGCUCGCUACGGUCAAACUGAGCUGGCGGCCAGAUUCGAUCCCCACUUCAAUUUAAAUCAAACUGCCGGCUGUGUUGUUCCAGGCCUCUAUCAAGCUCGUCAGCUCUAUUAUCAAAAGUCUGAUUCCCAUGAGGCUGCCGCAAUUCUGAUUAAAGUGGCUAAUUCUUUUAAGAAAAGCAAGUUCUUUCUUUUGGAUUGAGGUCAAUUUCUAGACUUCAUCAGUCCCGGUUUAUCCCAGUGGGAGGCUGCAGUCCUGUUCACUGAUUUACGAAAUCGUGGUGAGAAGAGGUUACUUCUUGCUGCUUUGAUUGCUGGCGCGCAAUACAAGGAAGCACAAGUUAUUCUUACAGAACUGGAUUCCAGUGGAGGUCGAAAGCUCUCUGUCGAUCCUACUGUCCGUUCUCUUAUCUCAACAAUAUCCACCUGUCUCCCUCAACUCAAAUUCUUCUCUGUACUACCGCAUCUCAGACCGAGAUUACAAGAGGGUUCGUUACAAACCGGACGUCCUUCCGUUGCUCCCAGUGUGACUGGCAGUGAUCGUAGUAAAGGACGUUGCUGUCCGACACUUCAUGUUGAAGAGGGAGUGGGCGUGGAUUCUCUUUCCUCCAAAAGUCACUUGGCGAGACAAUUUGCCACACCGAAAGGCAAGCGUCUGCCUUUUCAACCCUCAAUUGAGGAUAGAAUGCGAGCCACAGAAUUUUGGAAUCAAUUUGACGUGACUCAACGUGUUCUUCGCGGUGAAAAACCUUUUGAAACUCCUAGAUCUCCGGUAAAGCCCAAUAUUACGGAUAGUGCUCGACGCUUGAGAAGGAAGCUCAACCAGUUGCUCUAUUCCUCCUCUGUGAUCAGUCCUUUCCAGCAAAAAAAUAAGGCGUCGAGUUUAUUUGCUUCUGUUCCUGAAUCGACUGCUUCUGCAGCUUCUGGAAUUGCUACGGGUCAUCGAGGAAGUGAUUUCUGGUCAGAGUUGGGUGAAAUGAAUCGGAAAUCGGAUUUUUCAACUACUGCUUCUACUGUCACUGCGAGUAGAAAUAGCAAAAAUCCAUCAACUACUUCUAUACUCAAGGUGCGUUCUGUUCCAAAAGAUCCAGUAGCGAGUGAUGAUGAUGACAUGUCCCCUCCUACUCUCCCUCCUCAAAAAAUACGGAAAAGACGAACCCUCCUUCUCACCAUGGCUGAUGGUGAGAAGGCAGAUGAACCCUCCUCUUCCAGUGUUGCAGAUUUUGACAUUUCCACAUCGGAUAUCUUAAAGGAUGGUAACGGGGAUGGCGAAACAUGUCAGUUGAAUAUUAGCUCUGAUGAUGCAGAAAUCACCAUCAAUGCGUCAACUCUUCACUUAAGUCAUAGAAUAUCUCUAUCUGAAGGCUCCUUGAAUGACUCAAAAUUGGCUGAUGAAAGCCUUCGUUCAACUGGAAUGUACAGCUUUUCGCCACCUAUUCGGACUAUUAACUCGGAUAAUGCACAACCAAGCGGUAUGGACGAGGUGGGAAAUGCGCUCUGUACAGCCAGACACUUUGUUUUUGCCUCUCCUGCCACUUUUCUGGCCAGAAAGUUCGUUCCUCCUUCUACCGCUUCUCCUGGUUCUUUGGUGGAUGAUGAAAGCGGAGAUUUCAAUUUCAAUGUAUCAGCCACAUCUGAAGGGUUUACUUUUGACAAUGUAACUGAAGAGGAUGUAGAGGAAGAUGGCAACGAAUGCUCUGCUGAUGUUGCCUUGACAGCAGAAGAUGAUGACAUGUCAACUUUACCUGGAACUGAGGAUGAAGUUGAGUCCGUUGAAUUACUAACGCCCCGUCGAUCUAAGAGGAAAAUUAAAGUGCCGGAACGAUUUAAGUACUGA